AUGACUGCAAAAGGAUCUCCAGUUUGUCGUACGUGCUCACUUAAAGGAGGGGAAAAGGUAUGGUAUCGAGAAGCUGGGUCGAAGAGCGAAUCUACCAUCUUGCUUCUGCACGGGUAUCCAACCUCUUCUAAUAUGUUCAGAAAUUUGAUUCCUCUUCUUGCCUCGAAAUUUCAUGUCAUCGCUCCUGAUCUUCCAGGAUUUGGUUUUACUACGGUGAAGGACGACUAUUCUUAUACGUUUGAGAACCUGAGCAAAACUAUUUAUGAUUUCGUUGCCAGCGUGGGCAUAUCCAAGUAUAUCCUCUACAUUUUCGAUUACGGGAGCCCUGUGGGAUUAAGAUUGGCAUUGAAAAGCCCCACUUCGGUGGUUGGAUUAAUUGUACAGAAUGGUAACGCGUACGAAGAAGGCUUGGACGACAGGUUUUGGGCUCCUUUAAAAGAAUACUGGAAAAAAGAUCAAGAUGAUCAACACUACGUGGAAACCCUCAAGGCGUUUGUCGAAGAUCCAGAAAACAUCAGGUGCCAGUAUUAUGACGGUGUUUCUCGCCCUGAAAUUGUUGAUCCGUCGGGCUACAUUUUGGAUACCGCUUUGUUUGAACGUAGGAACGAAUCAGAAAUUCAAGUCGAGCUUUUUCACGACUAUCAGAAGAACGUGGCUUUGUAUCCGCAAUUUCAAGAGUUUCUCAGAUCAAGAAAUAUCCCAGUUCUCGUCGUUUGGGGUAAAAAUGAUAUUAUUUUUACAUGCGCAGGUGCAGAGGCCUACACGAGAGAUGCGACCAACGUCACUUUAAAAUUCUACGACACUGGUCAUUUUGCCUUAGAGACACAUUGUGCUGAAAUAGCUGACGAGAUUAUUGACGUGUUUGGUGCGAAGUAG